GGCCCCCUGUACGGUGGUGUGCGCGCUGACAGGAGCUAUAGUCAAUGCCACACGUCCCGCACAAAGUCGCCGCCUUGGUCAGCGAUCAGGAUGAUGGUGAGACCGCCGGCUACGACUUGCCUGAGCCCUCGAAAGACGGGGCCAUUGAAGGUCCGGUCUCGCCAGUGGAGGAGGAUGGUCAACUGAUAUCCAGAGACGAGGCGGAGAAGUGGAGCCACGUCGGCGGCGCUCCGCGCUUCGGCAAUCCCGGAGAUCAAGACCAGAGCGCCACCUUGCUCGACCAUGAAGACUUACUGGAGACCAGGCUUGACGACAAGCUCUUCGGCGAUUGGUACCAUAAUACGGCAGUCAUCAUCUUCGCAUGCCUUGCGUCGUGGACGGUUGCUGUAUUGGGUGGCGGACUUGCGUGGGUCUUCAUCAUCAUGGCCUUCUGCGCCACCUACUACAGGACGUCGAUUCGACGGGUCCGCCGCAACUUCCGGGACGACAUACAGCGGGAGGUCGCCAAAGCCAAGCUGGAAACCGAAGUCGAGAGCAUCGAAUGGAUCAACAUCGCUUUGAUCAGAAUGUGGCCAAUACUAUACCCAUGGAUUGGCAACGUGGUGAGGGACUCGGUCAAUCAGAUCAUUAGCACCUCGGUGCCGGCUUUCCUUGACAGCAUGAGAAUGGAGAGCUUCAUACUAGGUACGAAGCCGCCUCGUAUGGAGCAUGUCAAGACGUAUACCACGUCGGAGGAAGACACGAUCAUGAUGGACUGGAAGUUCAGCUUCACGCCAAAUGACACUGCCGACCUUACUGCCCGGCAGCUCAAGCUCAAGAUCAAUCCAAAAGUCGUGUUGGAAGUACGCCUCGGCGUAGGGUUGGCAUCUAAGGCUCUCAAGGUUAUCGUUGAGGACAUGGCUUGUUCCGGACUGAUGCGGAUUAAGAUGAAACUGCAGCUUGACUAUCCAUUCAUUGAGCGUGCGGAGCUUUGCUUCCUGGAAAGACCGACGUUCGACUAUAAGCUCAAUCCUCUUGUGCCGCAGUCUUUUGGCUUUGACAUUAACUUCGUACCUGGUUUGGAAGGCUUUAUCAACGAGCAGGUGCAUGGGAAUCUUGGUCCGAUGAUGUACGCUCCGAACGUCUUCCCGAUCGAGAUCGCCAAAUUGCUCGCCGGUACUGCUGUUGAUCAAGCUAUCGGCGUGCUCUCAUUAACCUUCCACGGUGCUCAAGGCCUUAAGAACACUGACAAAUUCGCGGGCACGCCUGAUCCGUACGCGACGGUAAGCAUCAAUGACCGCGAGGAGCUUGGACGGACGAAGAAGGUAGACGGAAACGCCAAUCCACGGUGGAAUGAGACAGUCAAUGUCAUUCUCACAAGCUUGCGCGAGCCGCUCACCAUUACUGUCUGGGACUUCAACGACAUUCGCAAAGAUAAGGAGCUUGGCAAGUGCGUCUUCCAGCUUGAGCAGCUCGAGGCGGACCCUGAGCAUGAGAACCUGCAACUUGAAGUGAUCUCAUCCGGAAGGCCGCGUGGGAUUGUGCAAGCCGAUAUUCGCUUCUUCCCAGUGCUCGAGGGCAAGAAGCUCGAAGAUGGUACCGUUGAGCCACCACCGGAGAGCAACACCGGUAUUGCUAAGUUCACGGUUGAGCAAGCCAAAGACCUUGACGGCACAAAGUCUAUGGUUGGCGCAUUGAACCCGUACGCCGUAUUGUUACUCAACGGCAAGGAAGUCGCCGUCUCCAAGAAGCUCAGUCGAACCAACAGCCCUGUCUUCCCAAACGCGACAAAGGAGAUGCUCAUCACGGAUCGCAAGACAGCCAAGCUUGGAUUGGUGAUCAAAGACGACAAGGACCUAGCUAUUGACCCUGUCAUCGGCACAUACCAGAUUAAGUUGGAUGACAUGAUAGACCUGAUGAGCAAAGGCCAGGAAUGGUACAAUCUCGCUGGUGCCAAAACCGGUCGCGCCAAGAUGCUACUUCAGUGGAAGCCAGUUGCGCUCAAAGGCGCACUCAGCGGUAGCGGCGGAUAUAUCACGCCAAUCGGCGUCAUGCGCUUCCACUUCCAAUCCGGCCGGGAUCUGAAGAACCUGGACAAGGUUGGCAAAUCUGACCCGUACAUGCGGGUUUUGCUUUCCGGCAUCCCCAAAGGCAGGACUGUGACUUGGAAGAACAACCUCAACCCUGAAUGGGACGAGAUCUUCUACGUGCCGGUGCACUCGCCGCGUGAGAAGCUUGUAGUGGAGGUCAUGGACGAAGAGACCACACAAGACGAUCGUACCAUGGGUCAGCUCGAAAUUGCUGCGUCGGAGUAUGUAAAGCUGGGCGAGGAUGGUCGGUAUCUCCCCCACGACAGCAAAGAUAAGGUAAUCACAGCUCACGUCCGCAUUGGCUCAAGCGCGCCAAAGGGCACGAUCAACUUUACCGUGGCGUUUUACCCAUGUUUAAACGUCGUUGACCCAGAGGAAGAGGAACACGAUAUGGCGGAAGCCAAGGCGAAAGCCGCGGACGCGGAGAAAGCAGCCACCCAGGCAACUUCUUCGCCUCAGCACUCUCGCAGUCACACCGCUGGAACAAUUGCGAGUGUGACGAGUGAGAAGUCUACGAAGCAGGCACAGGGUGAGGCUGAGAUGCGGAAGGCGCUUGCUGAGGGCGAAGACGAGCAGGUAGAGACCAAUGAGGUGCAAGAGGCGAGCGUGCCCAAGGUUCGAAUCGGACCAGAGGACCUCACUAAGUAUGAACCCGGCGUGCUGAUCUUCAGAAUCAUCGACGGCCAGCUUGCCCAUCCAGACACGCAUCUGGAAGUCGUUAUGGACGACAAUCUGUUCCCUGCUUACAGCAGCGCCAAGGCUCGCAGCACGAAUUUCACUUUCAAUGAGACUGGCGAUACGGUGGUACGAGAGCUCGAUCUCUCACGCAUCACGCUUCGCCUCGUCUCCGGCGUGAACCGCAAAGGGGAGGAGAAGGACGACCCCAUCAAGGCCAAGAUCACCGGUCAGACUCUGGACGUGCUCCGCCGCUGCCUCUACACUCCUACUCAAAUAUCCCUGAGGGACGAUCAAGGCCGCGUGAGCAAAAUCACUGUCUCCAUGCGUUUCCUGCCGAUAGAGAUGCAGCUCGACCCAAGCGAGAGCUUCAAUAACUCCGGCAACCUCCGUGUCGAUGUACUGGAUGCCAUUGACCUUCCUGCGGCCGACCGGAAUGGCUACUCGGACCCAUUCUGCCGCUUUGUGCUCAAUGGGAAGGAGGUGUACAAGACGGAAGUUCAAAAGAAGACCUUGCAUCCGGCUUGGAACGAGUUCUUCGAAGUGCCAGUGCGGAGUCGGACGGCUGCCAAGUUUGAAGUCAACGUCUAUGACUGGGAUUUGGGCAAGACAGCAGACUUCUUGGGCAAGGCAGCCAUCAACCUUGACCUGUUGCAGCCACUAGAGGCACAGGAAGUGACCUUAGGCCUAGAUGGCAAAUCUGGGUCCAUCCGGCUUAAGAUGCUCUUCAAGCCAGAUUUCGUAGUGCGCAGCCGGCAGGGUUCUAGCACAUUCUCCGGUACUUUCGCCGCGCCUGGAAAGAUAGUCGGUGCGCCCGUAAAGGGCGUUGGCAAGGGCGCUGUAUUCGUUGGCGGUACUGUUGCCAAAGGAGCAGGCUUCCUUGGCCGCGGCUUCAAGCGAAGGACGAACAGUGGCAUGCCGGCUUCGCCUUCAGAGGAGGGUGCAAACGGCGGGCUCGAGGACAUGCAUGAGACAAGCAUGGAAUCGACAUCUCCGGGCCGACCAGAGACCGCGAACGGAACCGCUCCCCACGCCAACUACGCCAAUGGUGACGGUGCGAACAAGGAGUUACCAGCAACUCCUGCACCGGCGCAUAAGCGAGUUUCGAGUUAUGGUGGCAUGUCGCAAGCAGCGGGACGAGGCGAGUCUGGCACUGCAACCGUCACCGUUGUCAGCGCGUCUGGCUUCGAGGGUGAUCCGAAGCUAGAGGUGCACGUCUUGCAUGACACACCUAAGGGCCUGAAGAAGGUGGUAGAGACAGACCACCACAAGGCCAAAGAUGGCGCCGUACACUACGAGGAGACAAAGAAGAUUCAAUGUACUGCUGAUUCGCAGUUCCGGGUGCAAGUCCGGAAUCACAAGCCCUUUGGCAGUGACAUCCUCGGCGAGGCGGCCUUCUUCAUUAAUGACCAGGCGCAAGGCGGACAGCAAGAUGUUAAAGUCGGCAGCGGCACAGUUGUGUUACGUACGAGCUUCCAGUCAGCUGACGCGGCUAGUAUGCUGCAACCGCCAGGUGCCGAAUCGCCUGCAAGCAGCAAGAAGGGCGGCUUGAACAGGUUCAUGACCAGGAACAGCCGGAACGUGACGCCGUCUGGUUAGCAAGCUAGUAGCGAGCGCGCAAUGGCGGCUCGGAGUUUGCGGGCAUUCUCUGUGCAUGCACCGCGUGAUGGGAGCGAGACGAUGAAGGAGGGAACGCGGAAAGCGUACUGGCAGACACGAGAGACGUUCCGCAAGUCUGUGAGCAGUCUUCGCCAAGAUAACCACGGUACUCUGAGCGGCUAUGGCGUGGACUCUGAGAAUCCAUCUCUAUUUCAGGAGAGCUUGGUCACUUUACGGGUCCAGCCAGUCGAAGAUUCAAUUCGCGCAAGUCGAAGCCUCGACGGGCUAAGGCGAACUUAUUUUUUGCGGUCGAAAGUGCGUUAGAGCGGCGGGUUAUUUGUUCAAACUGGGGUGAUACCAAUACAGCGUCUUCCUACUCCAGUUUAUAGCUGUGUACUUGUGUCAAUACUCGCUCAGUGUUCAAAACCCCGAUGACACUUCUCUUAGGUGUGUAAACGUGAAGGCGCAGUGACAAGGACUGCAGUGCAAAAG